AUGUCAACCGGUGAUGAUGAAGAUGAUUCUGAUAGGUUUGUUUUACUGUUGAUAAAAUUACUGUAGCUUUUCUUUCAGAAAUUCAAUUUAUUUUUCAACUAUUCGAUCUCGACAUGCUGAUUUUUUCAAAUCUUCUAGAUUAACUCUUCCGAUUAAAAAUCUGAAGAAAAAUCCGGUUCGAUAUUCUGCACAUACUUCAACUUCGACAACAGAUGGGUAAGAUAUUUUUAUUUUCAUCAAGAACAAAAACAAAAAUGUUUGCUGAUUCAGAAGUUUUCCAACAUUAUAUAUCAAUAAAUUAUCUUUCUCGAGAGAUUUUCGAAGUUCUUAUGAUCGAUUUUUGUUACGACUCCCUGUUCUCAAACAAGAAUUUCAUAAUGUGAGCUUUCAAUUGAAUUCGGGCGAUUGUUUAGUGCUUAUGUUCACAAAAGGUUAGUGAGAUUUUGAGAAGAAAAAAUUUCGCAAUCUUUCUAAAUUUAGAAUCUGAGAUGAUCAGUUUGUUAGAAGUUAUUGCUGGCGUUUCCAAGAAGAGUAAAUUAAUUGGAGAUAUAUUUAUAAAUGGACAUCGAAUGACAAGAGAUCGAUUAGAAAAAACAAUUGCAUAUGUGAAACCAAUCACGAGACCAAAAUAUCUAACUGUUCGACAAUUUUUGAUAAUACAGUCUCAACUUAAUCCACCAGCUACUCAAAAAUAUGGUGGUUCUCAACAUUUGGUUAGUUUAUUUUUUUUUUAAUCAAAAAAAGUAAACAAAAAAUUGUAGGUGAAUCGUUUGAUAACUGAUUUAUCAUUAGUUCAAGUUUGUGAUAUUUCAUGUAGUCGAGUUAAUCGAUCACAAUGGACAAGAAUUCAAAUUGCGAUUCAUUUAAUUCGGGAUCCAUAUAUUCUUCUGAUUCCUGAUAUUUUGAAAGAUAUUGAUUUUCAUGAUCAAUGUUUUAUAAUUGAUUAUCUUCGAACAUGGGCCAACAAAACUAACAAAAUAGUGAUUCUUGCACAUUUUCCAACAAGCAUUGAUGUUCUGAAAAUGUUUUCCAAAACACUUCUUUUGGCAUCUGGACGUGUUAUAUUUUUAGGAACACCAAAAGAAUUACCAGAAUAUUUCGAAAAUAUAGGAUGUCCUUGUCCAAAAUUCAAAAACCCUUGUGAUUAUUAUGUCGAUUUAGUGACACAUGAUAAUUUGACGAGUGAAGCAUCAAGAGAAUCUUCUAUUCGAAUAUCACGACUUGUUAAUAAAUGGAUGUUAAUUGGGCAAAUAUUUGAAAAAGGUUCAAUUGGAAAAGUAUUGUUAGAUUUACCAAAACCAAGUAUUAUUGCGCAGAUUGUAGCAGUUGUUUCUUAUUAUGUAUUAAAUGUUUGGAAUGAUUUAACAACUCGCCUUUUGAGUUUAUUUGGCAUAUUUACUUUAUCAACAAUAUUAUCGAUUUAUAUUUCUGAUCUAUCUUUGAUAUUACCUGAUGCUUUCCUCAAUCGGAAUAUUUUUAUCGAUUAUGUUGGAAUGUUUUUUUCCAAUUAUUCUAGGAUUGAUAAAUAUGAGAAAUGCAAUCGAUCUUGA